GGACGACUCAGACUCGAAAAACCGUGGUCAGCUCUGCUACAAGUAGCAAAGGCGCGCUUCUUCCUGCCCGAGGAUGUCCUCAACUCCGUCCAGACGAGCAGCGACUUCGCGGGGCCCGAGUUCAAGAACAUCAUGCGCAAAGUUCUUGAAGUCGC